UAAACUCAGCGUGUGUUAUACAACUUAUACAUAACAUAAAGCUACCAAUCUUGUUAAAUAUUAUAAGUAGGCUGGAAAGAACCAACGCAUCAUGGACCAACUUGAAGACUUCGAGAGUUUUUUGAAGAAUGUUGACCAAAUAAGUGAGCUAGUUAAGGAUCUAAAGUCCUCUGAUGUUGCAAUCCAGCAAAAAGCAAUAGAGACAGCUGAUGGAUACAUUGCUGAGUUGGACGAGCCCUGCAGGACAACAGUCAACAAGACUACAAUCAACACAAACACACCAGGUCAGCCUUCCUUGGGCCUGCAGAAUAGAAAUCCAGACAAUUUCAUGAGGAUUAUGGAGAGAGAUGUUGAAGACAGGAGUUUACGGAGAAUUGCAAAAGCAAAUAAGGCACAUGCACUCAAAGACAAGGGGAACGAAGCUUACGCUCAAGAAGACUAUGAAACGGCUGUGAAGUAUUACAGUGAUGGCUUGACUGAACUACGGGACAUUCAGCCAUUGUACACCAACAGAGCACAAGCGUACAUCAAGCUGGGGAAGUACAAGGAGGCCAUCAGUGACUGUGAAUGGGCCCUGAAGUGUAAUGAGGGGUGCAUUAAGGCUUACCUCCACAUGGGCAAAGCAUAUCUGGCAUUAAAGAAAUAUAAUGAGUCCAGAAAAUGCUUUGAAAAGAUGACGGAAAUUGAACCUGCGAGGGAGAAAAUGGUGAAAGAAUACCUGGACCAGGUUGAUUUGGAAGAGGAGAGACAGAGUCAGGAGAUAAAUGCAAUGCAAGAUUUUGUCAUGGGGGAGACGAAUGCCAUAAGAGUGCCCGUGCUGCUGGAGAAGUUGUCUCGGCCUGGCCAGCUUCCCAUGUUCUACUGUGGAGGAUUGGAGACUCUGUCACUAGCAGUUACUGACUGUACAGGCCAGACCCUUUUCAGACUGAACAAUGGCUUCAGUAUCAUCGGCAGCAAUGACACAGUGAGGAGUUGCCUUUUGCAGGAAACAAAGGAUCCAGGAUGCCAGGAGUUGUGUGUGUCUGCUCUGAAGUUAUGGAGGGUUAUCUGUUGUGGAAACGAUGAAAACCAGAAAAUGUUGAUUACGUGCCCAGUCAUCAGACGGUCCAUUGUUGACUUGGUAACAGCCGAGCAUGUUGCAGUGCGGGAAGAAUGCCUGACAUUACUAAGUUUGUACUCACAGACGCCACAUGGCAGACGUUUGGUUAUUGACAACCUGAAUGGGCACAAGUUUGUGAGGAGCCUCAUGGCGUGCAUCUUAAAGCCAAAAAAGCAGCAGCAGCAGAACUCAGCUGUCAAGAUUCUGGAGAACUUCGCGGCAGAAAACAAGCUUCCUCCUCCCGUGAGAACCACCUCUGGCAUCCUGUUGACGCGCCCACUAAAAAGCCUCUGGGUGCGCCGCGACAGAUUUUGCCUUCAGUUAAGGGGCGUGUUGAAAGAAUCUGUCAUUGUGCCAUUUACAACAUUACUGGCAAAUAUCAGCGAGUCCAAUCGGCAGGUCCUUCCAUCACUGAUAUCGGCUGUUGGCUGUCUUGCUCGAGAUGAUGUCAUUCGUCACAAAUUAGCCCAUGAUCCAGAAUGUUGGAAGGCUUUUGUGGUCGCCAUUAGGCAAUGCAGUGCGAGUGAUUACAAAGAAAUCCUUUACCCUAUGCUUGGGUUGAUCAUCAACCUUUCAACUAUCACCUCUCCAAUCAUUAAGGAGCAUGCUGUCUCACUCUGCGACUGCACCCUGGGCCUGCUGAGGGAUAGUGACGGAGAAGUAAUAACUAGAGCCACGGGUAUGCUGAGCACUGUCCUCCCUCAGUCCCCUGAGGCCGUUCAGCAUGUUGUUCAGGGGGGUGUGGUCCGGCUCAUGCUCCCCCUGCUGAAGGGAACAGGGCAGACUGCCACUAAGUAUGCCAUUAAGACUCUGACUCUCUGCACUGCUGUCAGUCAGUCGGCCCGGGAGGAGCUGGUGCAGUCUGAUAAAAAACUGUCUGUUUUACGUCGUUUGCUGGCUUCCAGCUGUGAUGAGAUGGUGUCAGGAAAUGCAGCCUUAUGCUUGGCCCACCUCCUUGAGUUGGAGGGAAUUGCCAGCCGCCUGCUGGGCACUGAUACUGUGCGGCUGCUGCUGCGCCACGCAGCGGGGGACGCUAAGAGGACAGCUGUGCGGCAAAAUGCUGCCAUUGCUCUGGGGAAGUUGUGUCGAUUUGAGCCCAGGUGCCCUCUCACCUCAUUCUAUAAACCACAUGCUGCUGAUUACAUUCUAGAAACUAGCCUGAAGGAGCAUUGAUGGACAAGAUUGAAAGUCCCACUGAUAUGACACUAUGUGAUGUUAUGGUAGUCGGUCACACAUUAGGCAAAUGUACGAGUUCUGGCUCAGCUGGAAAUAUUUAUUAUAUUGUUUGCAUAUCAAAGUCAUUAUUUAAAUAUUGUUUAUUAUACAGUGUUUAUAUUCUGUAUUUUCAUUUUAUUUUUCAAGUUACUGUCACCACUUUGACUCUGCAGUCAUUCUGUGCAUGCGAUGACCAACUAUUGUGUGAAUAACUACUCUAAUGCACAGUAUAUCCACAACAUGACCACUUUUUUUAUUAAUAUCUGCACUUAUUUUGAAUGCUAAAUCAUGAUGGAUAGGCUGAUUGCUGCGUUUGUUUGAUAGCUUAAAUUUGUGUUCAUUUAGUUGAUCAACGCUCCUGUCUGUUGGAUACAUUUUGUGGUUAAAACUAAUGUGUUUUUUUGUGACAAAUUGCAAGAGGAAUUUGUCCAGAGCCCAAGCUGUCAUGAAAUGCUUCUCCAAAGACAUGAAAUGAUGAUUCUCAAAUAGGAAGAAGAUGGGAUGUUUCAAAUAAGUUAUCGUUGUCAAAGUAGUUGUUAAUUAAUGUUCUGUCCAUCAACUAAUCAUAAACAUGACCCAUUGUUUCAACUCAGUAUAAUGAGACAAAUAUUUGAAUGUUCAAAUGGAAAAAAGGGAUUGUAGAAAAGCUCUGGAGGCAGUUCCUUCCACCCCAAUGAUUAACUCCAAAUGAUGUGCAGUUCAUUGUAUUCAGUGGGUCUUCAAUCAAGGUUUAAAAACAUAUAAGCUAAAUUGGAGCAAGGAAAUGCUGUCAGUUGAAUUUUACCCCACUGAACAUACUUUCAAUGUGCUUUCAAUUGACAUCCUCCUUUCUUCAAUUCCAGACAUAUCCACAAACUUCGGGAACUUCACGGCCUCGAGAUCCUGCACUCCUGUAUGAAGGUCAUCCCAUGAACCCCAUAACACAUUUUUAUAAUAUCUUUGCUUUCAUCAGUCUUGUCCUUUUAUCUUAGUGUUAGGCUUAGAUGACUAAUCUCUAAAAACACCAGGCCUGGUAGUCAUAAGAUUUGUUUUCUCUUCUUUAUAAUUCCUUAUCCAAACACUGAUCCUUAACUGCUAUUCCAAACAAUACCUAUCAUUUUUCAAAUAUGUUGUAUAUUUUCUCUCUCUUUUUAAAAUUCAGAUUCUAAUCGUUGUCUGAUUCUGAUUACCUUGUAAAAAAAAAAUCAAAUAUACUUUGCCUUUUUUAUUUUUCAUGCCCAUUAAAAUGUAUAAUUUUUGACAGAGAACUAGUGUGUGCAAAUGAUGGAGUACACUACUUGCUUGUGGGAGAAUUAACACAAUUUAUAAUAGAGUGUUUGUCCCUCUGCAAUGUCGGUGCCUGCCUUUGGUAUAUUUCCUUUUGGAUUUCAUUCCAAAAAGGAGCAGUUUAGUCCUGAAUAUAUUAUUAAUCUGAAGAAACCCUCCGUCAUCUGUGUGGAUUCUCUGGAUGGCAGUACUGGAAGGAUAAUUAAUCGUGUACAAACACAUUUGCGUUUUAAAGACUGUUUACAGUUUGACUUAGGUUUGGGGUCUUCCAAAUUUGCAGUUAUUUUGAAAUAAAAGCUGUGCCCAGGAA